AUGUCUACUACUACUUCAUCAAACCCAGAAACAGAAAGAAUUAUGAAAAAGUUCUCUAAAUAUGGAGAAAUUAAUGAAAUAUCUCAACAAUAUGAGCCAACUCCAUAUAAGAAAGUUGAAGCUGAACCUGUUGCUAAAGAUUUAUGGAAUAAUAAUAUUAUUUGGGAAUUUGCUAAAGGACUUUCUCCAGGUGUUGAUUUAACAAGAAUACCUUUCCCAGUUUGUAUUACUCAAGCACGUUCAUUCUUACAAAAUUUCACUGAUUAUUUUGAACAUUGGAAUUAUCUUAGUCUUGCUGCAAAUGAAGAUGAUCCUUAUAAAAGAACUAAAUUAGUAGCACAAUGGUACCUUUCUGGAUUUGCACAUGCUAUGAAGGUAGUACGAAAACCAUAUAAUCCAAUUCUUGGAGAAGUUUUCCGAUGUAUGUGGGAAGAUCCAAAAUCAAAAUCAAAAACACAUUAUAUCGCUGAACAAGUCUCUCAUCAUCCUCCAAUUUCUGCUUUUUAUGUUUCUAAUAGAGAAGAUGGAUGGAUUGGUUCUGGAACUAUUACUUUUUCAGUAAGUUUCUAUGGAGUUUCUGCUUGGGCUUAUUUAAAUGGAGUUCAAAAAAUUAAGUUAUUAAAAUAUGAUGAGGAAUAUACAUGGGCAUUCCCACCAACUAAAGCAUCAGGAUUUUUUGUAGGACCAUUUAUUAUGGAAAUGGGGGGAGUUGUAGAAAUUAAAUGUAACAAAAAUCCAUAUUGGGCAUCACUCGAUUUUAAAACAACUUCAAUGUUUUCGUCAGCUAAUUUAUACAAAGUUGAAGGUAAAAUUAUGAAUGGAUCAAAACAAGUCGAUACUAUUCAGGGUCAAUAUUUCGAGAAAAUCACACUUAAUAAUAAGGAUACUUUCUUUGAUGCUAAGAAUCCACCAGAAUCACCAAUUAGAUAUGAAGUUCCAUUCGAAAAUUUGUGGGGAAAAGAAUCUCAGUAUGUCUGGCAAGACCUUACUAAGGCAGUUAUUAAAGGUGAUGGGCAAGAUGCAGCUGACAAAAAAUAUGAAGUAGAAGAAUGGCAAAGACAAGAAAGAAUUCAAGACCAAAAACAAGGAAAGAUUUACGUUCCAAAGUUCUUUGAAAAAGUGAAUGAUACUACAUAUAAAUAUUUGUUCUAUAAUGAAGCACCAUUCCAAAAAGGAGAAGAAGAAGCAUAUGAAAUGGCUGGAAUGAUUAUGUCAAGAAGAAAGCAGCUUUAA